AUGACUAAAGGGAAUAAGACUGCGAAGAGGAAGUUCUCAGAGCCGUCAAUUUCUUCGCCAUGUUCAACCUCAUCGUCGUCACCACCACCACCAUACGAAAAUAAAGAGAAGCCUGGGAACCUCAACUCAAAUGAUAAUGAUCUAUUUUCUGCAGCAGAGGCAUUAACACAGCUUACUAGAAGCUCCACACCUCCUUUAGCGAUAAAUAAUCGUCAGCCAAGCAUGCCAACUCCUGUUUCAUCGGUUUCAUCAUCGCUCGAUGACAGAAAUAACGAGAGAAAUACCGAACAUAAGGCAAAUCAGGGUGAACAUCCGUUAGUGACAAAAGUUAGUAAAGUAUCCAAGCAUCCUAUUGUGACAAACGCAGUUAAAUAUUAUGAAAACUCUAAAAGGAACUAUGGUGCCUUUAACUAUGCAGCUGGUAUAGUGGAAAAGGCUGCUAUUCCUGUUGUCAACAAAAUUGAAGUUAAUUUAAAUAAUAGAUAUCAAGCUAAACAAUUAAAACUCGAAGGGGGAUCAGGCCAGGAUUCGUCCGUGACGGUUAAAAAGAGACGAUUAGGUGGUGCAGGGGACUAUAAUAAAGUAGUUACGAUGGAAACCAAAAAAAGACUUCAGUUUUGCUUACACCUUUUACGUUUGGCCAAUGAUCGAAUUAAUUAUAAAGUUAACUUUUUGCAACAAAAAGUUAUUGAUAAAGAACGUUCAAUCAAAGAGAAAAGGUCACUUAAUAACUCUUCUAACAAAGCGGAUGAUAUAAAUAAUGAAGGUGUUGCCGAAUCACAGGAAAAUACCGAUGCUACCACUGACAAUACACUCAAUGCGAACAAUGCUACUACCAAUAAUGUUUCCACGCAAGAUGCGCAGUCGGAAGCCCAACAAACUAAAACUGAAAUAGUUGCAACGGUUAAGAAAAUUAUUCACGUCAUAUCCACAUUCAAGCCUUCAUCAUUAAAUACGAAUACAAUUUCUCCGGAUAUAAACGAAGUGGAUCCUGAAACAAGGUCGGAGGACUUGGAAUUUAAAUCUACCAUACGUGAUAUUAUAUUAAAGUUACCAACUACAAUCCAACAGGCAGCAAUAACGAAUAACACCUCUGCGCAACAGGCUAACGAUAGGAUAUUCGUAUUUGCCAGAGAAUCAUUAGAAAUGAUUACGAGACUAACGAAUGUUUUCAAUGGACAACUUGAACAUGCAGAGCAUUGGCUCGCUGGAGAAAUGCAGAAAGAGAGAGAGAGACGCAAAAAGUUAGAAUCUAAACAAGAAACCAGCAAACAGCUAGCAAUAGAGCAAAAUGGAACCAACGCUCCUGGAGAUUCUGACUUCGAUAAAGGAAAAGGAGAAGCAGAACAAGUAGAAACAACAAAAGGAGAUAAAGCAGUAGAUGUAUUACAGAAAGAACCAGUUCAAGAAGAAACAAGCCAUGAAGCAGAAGUUCGUCGAGCUGUACCCGCAUCAGACGAGGAAUUGAAAACAAGUUGCUAG